AGUACUAGUGGUUGUGUGUUUAGUUUUUAUAAGUCGUAUUUUCUUUGUGUUUUGCAGAUGUUAAUACAAAUACAUUGUCAGUUCGAUUUUAUAUUGUGGAUUUCUUUAAUACCAUGUGUUUCGGGCAAAAUCGAGGAAGUAGCUUUCAUUCAUCCUAACACUCCACGAUAAUGGCUGCGUCUGCUACAGAAAUAGAGGAUUUCUUAAGCGGGCCCCUAGUUUCGUGGUUAAAAUCAUGCCUACCAAACCCAGAUGCAAUUACAGAAUAUUCAACCCUCUUUAAUGGCGAUGUUUUACACCAAGUAUACCUUCAAAUUGAUCCUGAACCGUCAUAUCACAUUACUAAGUUGGCAGGGCUGGAGGACCAAGCUCUGUUAUUGGGAAGGGUAAAAAAUUUUGAUGCCAUUGUGAAAAAUGUGAAGGCAUUGUAUGAAGAGGAACUGGGUAUGACACUUCUGGUAGUUCCAGAAUGUAUAUGUUUGGGCAAGGCUCCAGAGACUAGGGAAGGAUUAGAAAAUAUGAAGUUGUUAAUACUUCUAUUACUUGGUGCCGCUGUCCAGUGCCCUAUUAAAGAAUUAUUUAUUACACGAAUAAAAGAGUUGGAUGUAGAUUUGCAGCACAACAUUGUGGAAUGUAUUAAACAAGUAACAGACAUGCAAACCGUUGUUUUGACUCCAGACGCAAUAGAUCUAUUCCAGUCUCCAACAAUGUUCAAUCAUAUGCGGCGUCUGGCUAAAGAACGAGAUCAUUACUUAUUAAAUUGGGCUUCUUUAGUGCUGAAUGAAGGAUUAUGUGAAACUGAUAAUGAGAAUAAAAAUGGUAAAAGUCGGUCUACGCAGAAUAUUAAUCAGAGUAAUGGAGAAAGUCAACACCUGGCUGUAGAGUUAGCAGACUGGAAAGCGCGGUUACGAAAGCAAAGACAAGAAUUAGAAGAGAAGUCGGAGCAAUUAUCAGAAUGUCGUGAGGAAUUAGAACACACGAAAUUAGUAUUGACAAAGUUGCGCACGGACAGUCAAGAGUGGUUUAACGAAGCUAGAAAAUCUUCGGCAUAUAGAGAUGAAGUUGAUGCUCUCCGUGAGAAAGCUGAUCGCUGUGACAGAUUGGAACAAGAAAUUCAACGUUAUCGCGAUCGUCUUGCUGACGCGGAAUACUACAAAACAAGGGUAUCGGAAUUACGGGAAGAUAACAAAGCUCUAAUGGAGACAAGAGACGCUUUAGAGGAACAGCUUCAAAGAGCUAGAAAGAGAGCAGAUCAGUGUUUAUCAUUAGAAGCAGCCAUGAUAAAGCUAAAAAGAGAAGCGAAUGAUAUAGCAUUGGAAAGAGAUGCGGAUCAGCAGAAGAUUCAAGAGUUGAUUGAGGAAAACAAUCAUCUGCAAUAUAUUACAAAAUCAGUUCUUAGUGAAAGCAACAACAGUAAUUUAGACACGGAUAACGAAUGUGAAAGUACAUUGGAAUCAGGCGAAAAUAGUUUGUCUGAACAAUUAACAAGCAAUGCUCAAGCGAGAGCUUUAAAACUAGAAUUAGAAAAUAAACGAUUAUUAUCAACAAUUGACAAUUUGAGGGAGCAAUCAUUUUUGGAAAGUAGUGAUAAAAUGUUAGAACUGGAAAAAGAAAAGAAGAGGUUGAGUUUAAAAUGCGAUCAAUUACAGGAAAAUUGUAACAGGUUUAUGCAACAAAAUUCUGAUUUAGAGGAUGUUUUCAAAAAUGCUUUAGAAGAGAAUAGAAAACUGCAAGACUCAUUAGAUAGUCAAAAAGUAUUCAUAGAUAGGCAAGCUAUUGACAGAGAUUCUGAGAAAAAUAAAUUACAAGACUUUGAAAAACAUUUAGAGUCUUUAACCAAAGACAAACAACGAAUUCAAAUGUUAUGUGAUUCUAUACAAAGACGAGCAGAUGAUCUAGAAAAAACGCUCGAUUCGAGAACGAAGGAACUAAAUAUUGUAAAACCAGAAGCUGAGAAAGUAACCGCACUUAUAAUACAAACGGAAGAACUUAAAACGAAAUUAACUUACAGUGAGAAAGAAUCGCAUGGCUUUCAAAGAGAAGUAAACAAAUUAAGAGAAGCAACUGAAGAAAAACAUGUCCUACUUGAUAAUUUAACAACUGAAAUAGAAUUAAAGAAAAAGGAGAUUGAAAGGUUAAACAGAGAAUUAGAAAUGAAUCAAACAGUUAUAAUUAAAUUACAAGAUUCGGACCAAAAAGCACAAGAACUCAAAUCACAAAAGAAAAUGGAUUCAGAGACCAUACAAACUUUACAGAAAGACUUAAUCAAAGAAAAAGUAAAUUUUGAUAGAUUAAGGAAUUGUAUUGAAAAACUUGGUAUUAAUGUUUCCGAAAUUAUAUGUAAAGAAGUUACUGUAGAUGAUCUAUUAGAAAAGAUUAUAACAAAUUCCGACCAUGAGGCGUUAAUAUCUGAAAUUGCCUCCAAAGUUAAUUUAAUGAAGUUAGUACCUUGCUGUUGUGAUCAUAAAGAAAAGUUAAAUGUUGAUGAAGAUAUAAUAAAUCCUCAAAUUGAACAGUUAUCAUCAGAUUUGGCGGUUCUUACAGCUUCUCUAGAGAACUGUAAAGCUGAGAAUGCCAAACUAGAAGUUAAUAUAGCAACAUUAAACUCACAAAACGGUUCUUUAAUUUCUCAACAAAUGACUUUACAACUUGCCAAUAGUCAAUUAGCAGCUGAAAAGGAAGAAAUAAUAAAACAACUUGAUGUACUGAAAGAUAAACAAGACAACCUUUUGAGAGAUCAAGUGGCCUUACAAACUCUUCAUGAACAAUUAAAUACAGAGUAUGAAAUGUUACUUAGUGAGAGAGAACCCGUGAAAAUUACCGUCAGAGAUUUAAAAACCGAAAAUAGAGAAUUAAAAGAAAAAAAUGAAAUUAUAGAAAAGAAAUUGUCAGAUUAUAAAAUAGAACAUGAAAAUUUAAAAAUAGAAUCAAGAAAUUUAACAAAUUUGAGAGCAGAACAUUCUAAACUGAAAGAUGAUUUUAGAAACCUGUUUACAGCAAGUGACAGGCUUAAAAAUGAAUAUAGAAACAUGCAGGAAGAAUACAGAAAUCUUAGGAGCGAAGUAUCCCAACUAAAAUUAAAAAUUACUGAAAUGUCAGGUGAACUGAAUUCCAAACAAGAGAUUAUUACGAGUAUGGAACUGGAAAUAAAUAAAACUAAUCAACAUUGUGAAAUGCUAGUACAAAUGAAUAAAAGCUUAGACGCUGAUAGACGGUCUUUAAUGGAUCAUGUGUCCCAACUUUUGACACAAUAUCAUGAAUUGCUUGCACAUUCUCUAAAGGAUAAACAACAUUACCAUGAGGAAGAAAAAAUGUUUGCUGAUAGAGUAAAUGCAUUGUGUCGACAAAAAGAGAAGUUGGAAGAAAAAAUUAUGGAACAUUACAAAAAACUCGAUAAUUGCACAACAAAAAGACGUGGUUUUGGUGCAUCUUUUGUCAAAAGAGUGCGUAAGGCCGGCACAGAUUUAAUAAACAAAGUACCAUCUAGAAAUAAUAAAAGAAUUGAAGAUGCAAGUCGAUCAAAAUCACAGUUAACAUUAGCAGGUUCAGAAUCUGGGGAAUCUGAUCCUGGUAUUCAGGACGUAGAAAAAAUAUCAAAAAUUUCAGACCAAGAUCAGGGAUCCUCCAAUCCUAGUACUGAAUCACCUAGGCAUAGUUCAGAGUCCAGUUUCAGUAGACGAUUUGAUGACAAACUACUUAAAAAAUCAGAUAACAUUGACAUAUCUGGAUCUAUUCCAAGUUUAGAUUCUCGAUUGACAAAUGACACAAAUUUUGUAAGGCGUCUCUCUACAACAUCAAUGCAUAGCGGAGGCGGAGAUGAUGCUUUAAUCAGAGCAUCACUUAGAAGACGCCCUCAUAAAACUGUAUCUUCUCACAGGAACAGCUACCAGGGUUUGGAGGGUGAUACAGGACUUCCAGCAGUGUCAUCUCCGUCACCGGUCUUUGGUACAGCUGGUACACGUCGUACCGUAUAUGUUGCUGACGACAACCCUGACGUAACAAUAAAUUCGAAACCUCAGAGUACACCGUUGAAAGAUAAUCCUACCUAUCUGGUGUAUAAUCGUAUUUCAACUGUAAUAGGCGACGGAGCUUGUCAAAGUACCAAUGAUAGAGUUAUUAAUGAUCACAAUCGCUCAAUGACAGAUCAUUCCCGUUCUGCUGUUGAUGACAAUAAUCAAGAAAGAGAAGAGUUGCGACAUGAUAGAAGAACAGCCAGUCGCAAUGAAAAAUCGGAUAAUUCCAAGGAGUCCGCAAUAUGGUAUGAAUAUGGUUGCGUAUGAUAUUAAUUGUUUAGUAUGUAAUUAUAAGAAAUAAGAAGCUAUUUGAAUGCAUGAAUGUGCAGACUGACGAGAUGCCUUGAAUUUAGAUAACUUUACCAUUUAUGAAAUCACGAAAUGUGAUUUGAAUUUUGAAUUGAUAUGGGUGUAGGAUAUUUAUAGUGAUUGAAUAACUUCAUGUCCAGAUUACAGAAAUAUCCUUAUCUAGGUCAAAUAUAUAUCUUAAUCUGGAUAUUCAUUUAAGUAAUGACAGUAUUAACUCUGCAUUUAAAUAUUUUUCAUCCAUGAAAUACCUACAUAUUUAGCUUUAAAAUUUAUUUCAUUCCUUAAUAAAAACAGAACAAAUACAUAGUAAUAUGUAAACUCCACUAACUAGCGUGUGUACUCAUAUCAUAAUGAUUUUAUUUAGAAGGCAAAUAUUUAAAAAAAAUUUGAGGUACAAGUAAAUUAAUUAUUACUCAUAAUUCUAUCCCAGCUGCCUAAUAAUCAAAUAUGUUGUAUAUUUAAUAAAAUCCUAAAAUGUAUCAUCUUAUUUAAAUAUUUUAGUGCUAAAUACUCUUUUGUGACAGCUCGAAUUAGCUAUAAUUAUUUUAAUUAGUUAUAGUAAAAUCUCGUUAUGAUACGUAAAAUUUAACAAUACAUAUUUUUUAAAUUAGCAAAGAUAAUAAACCUUUUGUAUUUGUUAUUUGAAUUAAUUUAUGAUAAUUACUCGAAUAUGAGGCUACAAAAAUGUAAAUAUGACAAAAUGAGAAACUCCAAUAAAUCCAUUGCAAAAAGUUGCAUAAUAAAUGCAAAAUUAAUAAUGUUACUUGCCUUGCCAGUGAUUAUGUGACUUAUUUAGUUGUAAGUACUGUCUACCAUUUUAUGUUAUAUACAUUAAAUAUAUUUUUAUACUUUAAAACAUAAUUUGUAGAUGUACAAAUUAUUAUAUUGUAUUAUAAUUGUUUAUUUAUUUAUUAAUGACCUUAGUUAUACAAUUUUACAACUAUAUUUUUAAGGUUCAUUAAUAUGAUUCCUUUAUGUUAAAAAUCCAGUUUUAAUUUAGUGUAGUACAAAAAUAAAAUGAUUUUGUCAUAUUAUUAAUUGUAAUU